CAGAUCGCGGCGUACGCCGCGUUCUGCGAGCUGUCACAGAACCAGGCCCCGGGCACGCCUGCCGCGGCGGGCGACUUCGGCUGGAAGGUGCUCACCGCUAGCGAUCCCGUGGAGAAGCAGAAGAAGUUGGCUGCUGAGAUAGCAAACGGUCGCCUUGCCAUGAUGGCGAUCAUCGGGAUGUUCUUCCAGGACGGUUUGACUGGCUCUGCGUGGGGCGACUGGGCGCUCUACACCGCCUCUCCGCUGCGCGCGUUCGAGAGCGAGCUGGGCGUUCAGGACCCGGUGGGCUUCUGGGAUCCUGCUGGGUUCACGGCAGAUGGCAGCACGGAGAAUUUCGCGCGCCGCCGGCAGACGGAGCUGAAACACGGCCGCGUGAGCAUGCUGGCGACCAUGGGUUACAUCACGCCCGAGAUCACUGGCAAGCUGCCCGGCUACUUGUCGCCUUCGGCUGGCCUGAAGUUCGCGGACGUCCCGAACGGGCUCGGUGCGAUCUCCAAGGUUCCCGCAGCGGGCUGGGCGCAGAUCGUGGCGUACGGCGCGUUCUGUGAGCUGUCCCAGGACCAGUCCGCUGGCACCGCUGCCGCGGCUGGCGACUUCGGCUUCAAGGUUCUGACGUCCAGCGACCCCGCGGAGAAGCAGAAGAAGUUGGCUGCUGAGAUCGCGAAUGGCCGUCUUGCCAUGAUGGCUAUCAUCGGGAUGUUCUUCCAGGACGGUUUGACUGGCUCGGCCUGGGGCGACUGGGCGCUUUACACCGGAUCCCCGCUGCGUGCGUUCGAGAACGAGACGGGCGUGCAGGACCCGAUGGGUUUCUGGGACCCAGCGGGCUUCACAUUUGACGGGAACUCGGAGAACUUCGCGCGCCGCCGGCAGACGGAGCUCAAGCAUGGUCGCGUGUCGAUGCUGGCCACCAUGGGUUACAUCACCCCCGAGGUCAGCGGCAAGUUCCCUGGGUACUUGUCCCCGGGGUGGGCGGAUUCGCGGACGUUCCGAACGGGCUCGGUGCGAUCUCCAAGGUUCCCGCAGCGGGCUGGGCGCAGAUCGCGGCGUACGCCGCGUUCUGCGAGCUGUCACAGAACCAGGCCCCGGGCACGCCUGCCGCGGCGGGCGACUUCGGCUGGAAGGUGCUCACCGCUAGCGAUCCCGUGGAGAAGCAGAAGAAGUUGGCUGCUGAGAUCGCAAACGGUCGCCUUGCCAUGAUGGCGAUCAUCGGGAUGUUCUUCCAGGACGGUUUGACUGGCUCUGCGUGGGGCGACUGGGCGCUCUACACCGCCUCUCCGCUGCGCGCGUUCGAGAGCGAGCUGGGCGUUCAGGACCCGGUGGGCUUCUGGGACCCUGCUGGGUUCACGGCAGACGGCAGCACGGAGAAUUUCGCGCGCCGCCGGCAGACGGAGCUGAAGCACGGCCGCGUGAGCAUGCUGGCGACCAUGGGUUACAUCACGCCCGAGAUCACUGGCAAGCUGCCCGGCUACUUGUCGCCUUCGGCUGGCCUGAAGUUCGCGGACGUCCCGAACGGGCUCGGUGCGAUCUCCAAGGUUCCCGCAGCGGGCUGGGCGCAGAUCGCGGCGUACGCCGCGUUCUGCGAGCUGUCACAGAACCAGGCCCCGGGCACGCCUGCCGCGGCGGGCGACUUCGGCUGGAAAGUGCUCACCGCUAGCGAUCCCGUGGAGAAGCAGAAGAAGUUGGCUGCUGAGAUCGCGAAUGGUCGUCUUGCGAUGAUGGCGAUCAUCGGGAUGUUCUUCCAGGACGGUUUGACCGGCUCUGCGUGGGGCGACUGGGCGCUCUACACCGCCUCCCCGCUGCGCGCGUUCGAGAGCGAGCUGGGCGUUCAGGACCCGGUGGGCUUCUGGGACCCUGCUGGGUUCACAGGGGUGGGCGGAUUCGCGGACGUCCCGAACGGGCUCGGUGCGAUCUCCAAGGUUCCCGCAGCGGGCUGGGCGCAGAUCGCGGCGUACGCCGCGUUCUGCGAGCUGUCACAGAACCAGGCCCCGGGCACGCCUGCCGCGGCGGGCGACUUCGGCUGGAAGGUGCUCACCGCUAGCGAUCCCGUGGAGAAGCAGAAGAAGUUGGCUGCUGAGAUCGCAAACGGUCGCCUUGCCAUGAUGGCGAUCAUCGGGAUGUUCUUCCAGGACGGUUUGACUGGCUCUGCGUGGGGCGACUGGGCGCUCUACACCGCCUCUCCGCUGCGCGCGUUCGAGAGCGAGCUGGGCGUUCAGGACCCGGUGGGCUUCUGGGACCCUGCUGGGUUCACGGCAGAUGGCAGCACGGAGAAUUUCGCGCGCCGCCGGCAGACGGAGCUGAAGCACGGCCGCGUGAGCAUGCUGGCGACCAUGGGUUACAUCACGCCCGAGAUCACUGGCAAGCUGCCCGGCUACUUGUCGCCUUCGGCUGGCCUGAAGUUCGCGGACGUCCCGAACGGGCUCGGUGCGAUCUCCAAGGUUCCCGCAGCGGGCUGGGCGCAGAUCGUGGCGUACGGCGCGUUCUGCGAGCUGUCCCAGGACCAGUCCGCUGGCACCGCUGCCGCGGCCGGCGACUUCGGCUUCAAGGUGUUGACGUCCAGCGACCCGGCGGAGAAGCAGAAGAAGUUGGCUGCUGAGAUCGCGAAUGGUCGUCUUGCGAUGAUGGCGAUCAUCGGGAUGUUCUUCCAGGACGGUUUGACCGAUCACUGGCAAGCUGCCCGGCUACUUGUCGCCUUCGGCUGGCCUGAAGUUCGCGGACGUCCCGAACGGGCUCGGUGCGAUCUCCAAGGUUCCCGCAGCGGGCUGGGCGCAGAUCGUGGCGUACGGCGCGUUCUGCGAGCUGUCCCAGGACCAGUCCGCUGGCACCGCUGCCGCGGCCGGCGACUUCGGUUUCAAGGUGCUGACGUCCAGCGACCCGGCGGAGAAGCAGAAGAAGUUAGCUGCUGAGAUCGCGAAUGGUCGUCUUGCGAUGAUGGCGAUCAUCGGGAUGUUCUUCCAGGACGGUUUGACUGGCUCGGCCUGGGGCGACUGGGCGCUCUACACCGCAUCCCCGCUGCGCGCGUUCGAGAACGAGCUUGGCGUUCAGGCUCCUGUGGGCUUUUUUGACCCGUGUUGCCUGACCAAGGAUGGCGACACCACCACGUUCCUGCGCCGCCGCAACACCGAGAUCAAGCACGGGCGCGUCGCCAUGUGGGCCUGCAUUGGGUACAUCGUGCCCGAGUACUUCAAGUGGCCAGGAUACUGCUCGCCGUCGGCCGGUGUCUCGUUCGCGGACGUGCCGAACGGUCUGGCGG